UCGGACAUAGUGGCCUUGUUCUUUUGGGGUCAACCGAUAGCGCGGAAAAAUGGCAUAACGGCCACAAGCAUGUUGAUGUGCUGUAAAUAGUGAAAAUUCUUCGAAAUACCAAAGGAAAGUGCCAAGCCGAGUGGAGGCCUAGAGCAGUGUUGAUGAGUUAGUGUGCAUACCAAUGCAUGGACGCGCUGCUGAACGCUCUACGCUGGCGGAAGAACAUCUGCGACUGUUAGCUGAACUGGAUUCUCUAGCCUUAAGCGAUAGCUGCUGUGAGAUUUGUCAUUGCGAUUGCUAUAGCUCACAUCGCAGCAGCUUGGAUUCCGAUAGACGCAUUUGCGUAGAGGCAUACGAAAAAAUUGAUGCCAACCCAGUACCACGAAGUGUUGAUAAUAAUGAAAAGCCAGAAAAAUCAAAAUACGCUGCAGUGAAACUGGGACCGUUAUCAGUGCCACAACUCUUUCCCACUGUAGCUACGCCUUCCACAUCCAUUGGCCACAAUAUUAGUAAUAAGCGGUCAUCCCGUAAAUCAAAAGGCACACGAAAGAAAAACGCCCACGAGAUAACUGCAUCAAAUAGUAAUUCAACUAAGCCUUCCAGUACACAAGCCAUAACUAGCGUUAACCCAAAAUCCAAAAGCGCCAAAAACACUCCGACACAUUCAAGGCGCACAAGUCCAAGUGUCGCCGACGCCUGUGGCAAAAGCGCUAAAGCAAACCGCAGCACUUCCGUGGCUGCUAAGCGCUCCAAAAGUGUCAGCAGUCUGCGUAGCCGCAGUCCCUCACCGUUGACUGCACCAUUGACGCGCAACGUCGCAAAGCGCGCAACAUACUACACGCGCGAUUGUACAAUUUUGCAAGACCUGCUAAGCACCCUCAAUGACGAUGAGCACAACGAUGCUACUGCAUCACUGCAAGUUAGCGGAAGGAGUGCUCUAAAGCAAACAAAUGCAAUUGCUGACGCGGAUCCAUCUGGCACCACACAAUCCCACACACUGCCGCGUUGCGCUAUCAAGUCAAAGGACAAAACAGAAUCAAAUGAUGGGGCGCACACCUCUCUAACUUCACAGAAGCUUUGCGCUUCCAUGGCCAGCCUCUGCUUGGCGCCUACAGUGCGCGUGGCUUAUCAACAAGUGCCCGCACACGACAAACGUAUACUCAACCGCAUGGCGCACAAGCGCAGUGAGCGCGCCAUCGCCAAGGAGAACGCCUGGUUGGCGCGCAAGUACUGGGAAAAUGAGCGCUACGAACGCGAGCUCUUCAAAUGUGCCCAGAUGGAGGAAUACAAGCGCGCCAUACGUGACAAGCAAUUCCAAGAUUAUCUACUGACCAAAGCACGCCUAAACGAAAUUGCACAACGUGACCUGACAGAGCUGCGGCGCUUGCGCGAAGCUCUGCAUCAAAAGGAGAUCAGCACCAAGCGACGUCUUGACGCGUUGCGAGUUGAACGCGGCAUAGCGGCGUGCCAGCGACGCUGCGAGGAGUUGCGUCGCGCGGAAGCAGUCGCUGUGCAACAGGAGGAGCAACAAAUUGAUGAGAAGUUGCGUAAGCAGGAGUCAUGCGCGCGUCUGAGCGAACGCUUACAGCGCGCCGAGCAGAUACGCUCCGAAAUGCUAGAUAGCUAUGUACGUCGCCUGCGCUACGAUAAUAACAUGGAAGAGCUGCUGCAUGAAGAGCACUGGCGGGAGGCGCAGCAGCAGGAGCGACAGCGGUUGGCGCAGCUAGAGGAGCAUAUACAGCAGAAAAGUGACCAGUCGCAGCGUUUUAUCGAAGCGCGUCAACGGCGGCAAGAGGCUAUUGCUAAAACGGCAAAAAUUUCCGCCAGCCUACGGGAAUUGGUGCGCAACUCAGUGACUCCUGAAGGUGGCGCGGCUGCGGAUGUCGGCGGGGUGGGCGAUGCUGUGAGCAUAGGAAAUACCAUGCCCUUAAGUAAAGUGCUUUUAGAUAUACCAUUCUCCAAGCUGUCAAUGCUGCCGUAAUUGUUUUUCGUUGAAAUAUAUGUAUGCACAUAAGUAUGUUACAAAUAA